AUGGAAAACGAAGUAACGGAGACCCGAAAGAAGAUGUUGCAGUUCAUGGAAAAUAUGGAUUCCAUAAUGAAAAACGACAGUGACAACGGUAAAAAAUCAGACGACGAUGAAGGCGCAAAUCCAGCUACUGCCGCUGCUUCUACUACUAAUGCUGAUGCUGCUGCUACAAACGCAACCAACGAGGUCGAUAUUGAAAAGUUCCCUAAAGCUGAAACAAAAAUUUUUUUCGAAUCUGAAUUCGACAAAUCGAUGUAUCAAACUGAGGCACGUGAGGAUGAUCGUAUGCCUGGUUCUUUGGAAACAAACUGGAUGCUUGAUAACAAUGGGACUUACUCGGAGUACGACGUUCGGAGUAGUGCCACCAAAACAGUUCGUUCGUUGAACAGCAAAUGGUUUGAUACCGUCUCACAAGGAACACCGAGUCUAGAGGCCAGGUCUAUAGACAACAAAAGCGCAGAUCCAAGUCCACUUAAAAUAACCGGUGAUGACAUUGAUUAUGAUGAAGAUGAAGAGAAUGAUGGCGAAGGUAAUAGUUCAAGAAAUGAUAUUAUCUCUAGUGAGUCGUCUCAAUUGGCUAAGAUUGCCGAUGAGAUUAUUGAAGAUGUUCUUGUCAGGGCUCUGUAUAACUGCUAUCAGAACACUCCAGUCGAGGUUCGUUUCGUGUUCGAAUCAUGUAGAACCGUUAACAGACCUGGGCAGUUUCUUUUCUCGCAAAAGUUGCUUGACUCGGGGUCAAGGGUCAAGAUAAAAGUUGUUAAGGAUUUUCUGCAGGGUACCGUUGAAUCCGUGCAAGAAUGGGUCAGGGAUCAGUUUAAAAACUUAGAAGGAACUCGCAACUCCGACCCCAUGAACGGUAUUGACGCUCAGUCUAAUCAACACAAAUUCAUUAAAGAAGAUGAUGUCGCUACUACUGCUACUUCUGUCGCGAAUACUGCUGCGGAUACGGAGAUCGACAAAAAGGUGAAACAUAAAGAUGAAUUGGAAGAGGAAGAAGAUGAUGGGGUCUCGCAAAGUUACGGCAGCCUGAAUAGGCCGCUACUUAAGCCGUUCGAUCUUGAGAGUGUCUGGAGUGAGGGAAAUGAUGAUGCCGUACCAGUGAGCGCCGAGAAUAUUCUGGAUGAGUUGGCUGGAUCGGAAAAAGCCGGUUUUCAGAAGUGGCUGGAUAGUUACGCGAUUGAGCUUGCCGAGCGAGGUACGAACGAUGCCCUGCAUUUCAUCCAGAACAACAUAUACACGCUAGAUCCGCGUGUCGUGCAUCAGAAAAGUUUGUGUGACCUUGACCAUGACAUUGACCUUCCGUGUCAAACAGUCCCAAAAACCACCAAACCCCUCUCUAAAGACUCCGAUUACGAACCGAUACAGGGGUUCCAAUGGCCCGGGAAUAGAAUUUUUAAUAUGAGCAUCGGAGUGCAAAGCGGCCGGCUGUUCAAAUUUGAGGUAGUUUGGUACGAAGCAACCAGGCGACAGCCCAUUCCCGCUAGAACCGUCAGCGUUUUUUUUGAAAUUUUCAGAAAAGAAAUCGAAAAGCAUGAAAUGCUGGGCUGGCAACGUAUGUACCAUAGACCCGGCAAUACUUAA